AUGGCGCUCCCCGCAGUCAAGUCUCUAGAGGAGUGCUCCGAGUGGGCCAAGGUCGUCGAACCCUUCAUCCCCCAGCUCCUCGAGCUCCCCGGCAAGAUCAUCGCGAGCCCGCAGUCGCUGCCCCAGAUCUACCUCGAGACGAACCCCCUCGUCUCCGGCUUCGCCUUUUCCCUGCUCAUUGCCGUCCUCACUCUCGGCGUGUCAGAGUACCACCGCAACUUUUCCCAAAUCGACCGGCUGUGGAGUCUCCUGCCCAACUGGUAUGUCCUGCACACGGCGGCAUGGGCGUACCUAAAUGGCGAACCUUGGCAGCGAGUCGCGCUGGCCGGGGCCGCGACCACCCUCUGGAGCUCCCGAUUGACCUUCAACUACUGGCGCAAAGGAGGUUACGAGCGUGGAAGUGAAGACUACAGAUGGGAAAUUGUCCGCGCAUACGUCCCCGCCUGGGUCUUCUUCCUCUUCAACGUGACCUUCAUCUCCUUCAUCCAGUCCAUCCUCCUCUUCGCCUUCUCCGCCGCGCCCGCCUACUCCCUCCUCCUCGCCAGCCGCAUCGAGCCCGACCUCGCCGCCUCGGACUACUCCUUCUUCGCCAUCCUCGCCGGCCUCGUCCUCAGCGAGUACAUCAGCGAUGGCCAGCAGUGGGACUACCAGACCGCCAAAGCCACCUACAAAAAGGGCAACGGCGCCGCCGCCUCCGUCCCCCGCGGCUGGGCUCAGGCGGACCUCGAGCGUGGCUUCGUCACGCACGGUCUCUGGGCCUACAGCCGCCACCCCAACUUCUUCGCCGAGCAGAUGGUCUGGUUCGUGCUCUACCAGUGGAGCUGCUACGCCACCAAGGUGCUGUACAGCUACACCUUUGCCGGCUCCGCGUUCCUCGUGCUGCUGUUCCAGGGCUCGACAUGGCUCACUGAGCUGAUCACUGCGGGCAAGUAUCACGAGUACGCCGAGUACCAGAGCCAGGUUGGCAUGUUUAUGCCCAAGUCGCUGUUUCCGUACAAGAAGCCCCCGCCAAAGGUCAUCCGCACGAGCGAGCUUGCCAAGCGCCAGGGCAAGAAGGAUAAAUAA